GAUAACUCAACUAACACAUGUUACUUGAGCAGCAAAUCAACGAUUGACAGUGAUCUGACAAGUUCAUCAAGCUACAAUUACUACGAGCUGAGUAAGUAAAACAUGCCUAGCUAAUUAAUAUAUUAUGUUCCCGACAGGCAGGUAGUUUCAGGUGUGAACGUAUGCUGUUAUUGGUCUAACGUUUGGUGGUUAAAAAUGGCACUGUAACUGAUGCCUUCUUUAAUUUUGGUUAUUUACUCUUACUUAUUGUGUAUCGCUUUAUACAUGAGCAGACUCAGAUAUAGAGGACAACACCACUCACAUUUUGACGCUACUAAAUUGAUUGGCUGAUUGACUGAUUUAUGCUAAAUGGUCGUUUUCGACUAAACUGGCUUAAGCAUUUGGUGUUAGACAAGUAGGGCUGGUUUGAUAAAAAGCAGUAAUAGGCAGUCGUCCAAAGACAAGUGCCUCGUAGACCUGAAUAGAUGAAAUGAAUAUUUCACUAUUAUUCACGAUGAAUGAAAUGAAUAUUUGAAAAAUAGCGUAGUAAAAUGGUGAACCGAGAAGCGAUAGGUCAAGAAUAAUUUUAAAUUUCUUGUUUUCUCUCCACCUUCCUUAUGAUUAUUACCUUGUAGACUGUCUUAAAAGCCUUGGAGUCUCGACAAGCAAGCGCAUUCCUGACGCUGAUAUGACAGCAUCAAGUCAAUACAGUUCCCAGCACGCGCCACUAGGAGGUCGCCUGAAUUUUCAAGCUCAGAUAACUUCUCAGGGGGUCACCACUCAGAUCGGAGGUUGGUCUGCAUUGUCUAACGAUCAGAACCAGUAUCUCCAAAUCAAGUUUGGCCAGAUUUUCCAGAUUGCUGGUACAGCCACUCAAGGCAGAGCAGACGAUGCUCAAUGGGUGAAGAGCUACAAACUGGAAUACAGUACUGACGGAUCAACUUGGGCUUACUAUCCAGACACUCUCACUGGUAACACUGACCAGGACACGGUAGUACGAAAUGAAGUCAGAGUGUUUGAAGCCAUGUAUCUAAGGUUUAGACCACAGGAAUGGAAUGGACACAUUUCAAUGAGAGUAGAAGUAUAUGGUUGCCCACAGACCAUCGUCGCACCUGCCGAUAACACGAACGAAUGUAGCACUGCACCUUGUCAGGAAGGAACUUGUGUUGACCGAUAUAACGACUAUCUGUGUGUAUGUGCAAGCGGCUAUUCAGGAAGGACUUGUGACACUGCAAACAACUGUAAAGAGAUCGGUGCACCAAUUUAUGGUACAAAGUCUUCGUCCAAUUACAACGAGGGAAGUACAAUCACGUUCACCUGCAAUGCUGGAUAUACUCUCAUAAAAUCCUCAUCUAGGACAUGCCAGGGAGGAGCGUGGACUGGAAACCACCCUACAUGUUCAGGUAUCAUAAACAUAUAGUUCAAUAGCAUAGCAGUCUGCCUUAGAAAAAGCAAGCGACUUUGUAUGUUGAGCUUCUCAGAAUGUUGACCGAUUUU